AUGGUUGGACCAACUCUCGUUGGUGAGGAUGGGGAUUCAAUCAGUCCUUUUUUUAACCAUAUAACUUGUGUUUUCAUAGAUAACAUGAAUCAGUUGAGUCAAUUGCGAAAAGCUCUGGCGUCUGCGAAUGAUCAAGGCCUUACUAUUGGUUUAUCCGUCCCGGUGCCGGGGCACCUGCCAUUGCUUCUACUUCUAUUCCGGAGGCUCGAAUUCCUUCUGGUGAUUUCCCCAGAGGUAGUCAAAACUACUGUCCCAGUUCUGGUUCCUAAAAUGGGUCAGCCGACUACUGUCGCAGCUGAGUUAUCUAUUUGA